UUCUUCUAUAAAUCUCGCACCACAUCUUCACUCCGUAUACCAUCAUCUCUCUCUCUCUCUCUCUCCAAGCAGACUAUUCCUUGAGCUAGAAGAGAUCUCAGUCAACGUUUCCGAUCGAAGAUGAGCCAAGAAAACAGCCAGAACCAAAUCCCAGUGGCCUACCCACCACCAGCAUCGGCGUUGGCAACGACCUACACGGCACCGCCCCCACCGGCCGGCUAUCCCACCAGGGAUGGUCCACAGCCAGCCCAGAAGGCCGUCCCUAUUGAAACCAAGACUAGGGGCGAUGGCUUUUGGAAGGGCUGCUGCGCUGCGCUGUGCUGCUGCUGCGUACUAGAGGAAUGCUGCUAGGAAUACCUGGAAAGGAUCGCCGUCCGUCCUAUACAUCGCUCUUUGUGUUUAGCACUCGAUUGGCCAUAAACGGGACAUGAUAUUGUCGUCGUAUUUCUAUUAUUGUAAUAUGUAUAAGUGUUCUUGAACUUCUAUUUCAUCUUUCGUGUCAUCUAUACGAUCUUGUUUCCUCUUUA